ACUGGAUAAUCUCUCCUGCCCAGCACAUCUCUGCACCCGCCCCGAUGACCCAGUUCCUUGGACCUUCAGAAGGGGCCUAAGGGACACACUACACAGCCUCGGUGGGCUCCACACAUUUCCUCUGUCCCCUCCCACACACUUGUUCAGUGGGUCCUCAGCUUGGGGUAGAAGAGGCUGAUCUAGAAAGGAGGGUCACCAACUUGCAGAAACAUGCAUGCGACACAUUGAAGACACACACAGGUCCCUAAAUGGCUGCACAGGAACACCCCACACACACUGCGAUGGGCUCAUACCUAUUCACUGCCCCAUACAUGUACAUGCACGGACAUGGACAAGACUCCGGGAGACAGAUGCAACGCAAGACGCAGGGACACACAUGUAUGCGUGAGCCCAUGCUCACCCACAUGUGCACCGAGGUUCAUGAACAUGCACACAUGUUCCCUGCUCCCAGCUGGGGGGGGCAUGCACACAUCCUGCAUUCCUGGCUAGAACUCCUGGCUGCCUUCCCUCUGGCCACCACACUCUCACCUUCUGCAUUCAGGGGACCUGUCUGGAUUAGAUGAAAGAUAAGUGAUGAGGGAGGACUGACUGGUUAGGGAUCUCUCUGGGAAAGGGACCCUGAGCUGAUCUGGGAAGGGUUGCAGCUCCCUCUUCUGGGACCUGGAAGCACCCUUGAAAAAAAAAAUAAGAAAAAUAAAUAGCAACGGUGCCUGAGGGUCCCACGUGUCACUGGCCAUGUGAGAGGGGUUGGUCUGGGGAUUGGCUCCUGGGGGCAUGUGUGAGUCUCAUGGGGUCAGGGGCUGCUGGGUCUUGGUGCACAGGGUCUGUGAGCUGCUUGUGCACGGUGCCAUGUGUCAGUACAUGUGAGAUGCAGAGCAGAGCAAACACUGUUGCGUUUUGGUGGUGUGGGCCAUUAUGUGAGUGGCAUAGGACCCAGUGUGUGGAUCUGGUGAGCUGCAUGUAUAAUGUGUGUCAGCACUUACUUAACACGUGUGUGUUGUGUUAUCUAUGUGUGUGUGUUGUGCGUGAGUCUUGUGGCAUUGGGCAUAUGUGGAUAAUUUUUAUUCAACAUUUACACACACAAGGAUCAUUCCAAGUGCUUCAUUUAAUCCCCAAAGUAUUAAUGAGGUAGGUAUCAUUACCCUCAUUUUACAGAUGAGGCACUGAGAGUUGAAGGAUGCAGCCUAGAGGUCACAGAACUGGUGGGACUUGGCUUGGUGGCCAUGGGCAAGCAGAACAGCAAGCUGCGGCCGGAGAUGCUGCAGGACCUGCGGGAGAACACGGAAUUCUCAGAGCUGGAGCUGCAGGAGUGGUACAAGGGCUUCCUCAAGGACUGCCCCACGGGCAUCCUCAACGUGGACGAGUUCAAGAAGAUCUAUGCCAACUUCUUCCCCUAUGGGGACGCCUCCAAGUUCGCAGAGCAUGUCUUCCGCACCUUCGACACCAACAGCGACGGCACCAUUGACUUCCGGGAGUUCAUUAUCGCGCUAAGCGUGACCUCUCGCGGGCGCCUGGAGCAGAAGCUCAUGUGGGCCUUCAGCAUGUAUGACCUAGAUGGCAACGGCUACAUCAGUCGCGAGGAGAUGCUGGAGAUCGUGCAGGCCAUUUACAAGAUGGUUUCGUCCGUGAUGAAGAUGCCAGAGGAUGAGUCGACCCCGGAAAAGAGGACUGAGAAGAUCUUCCGCCAAAUGGACACAAACAACGACGGCAAGCUGUCCCUGGAGGAAUUCAUCCGCGGGGCCAAGAGCGACCCGUCCAUCGUGCGCCUGCUGCAGUGUGACCCUAGCAGCGCCUCCCAGUUCUGAGAGAGAGGAGACCCACACCCUCCCCCCUCCCUGGCUCUCAGCUUCCUCUCCUUGUCUCUCUCCAGGUUGGGGGUCAGAUUGGACCUCCCCCUCCACCGCCAGAGUUUGCACUGGAGGGAGGGUUCUCUAGAGAAAGGAACUGUGCAGACCUCCCCAAAACCAAGCAAGUAGUCCGCAAACACCCCCCCCAAAAAAAACCCCAAAAAACUCUCAUGGCAAUAUCCCCCUUCCGCAGCAUCUUAGCUAGGUUUGCCCUUUAGUCCCCUGCCCUUACCAAGAUCUCAGAACUUCACCCCUCUCAGCACCCUCCACCCUCCACAGCCACUGGGACAAGCCCCCCCACCCCCCAUCUAAGCUGUGUGAAGGAGUGCUGUCAUCGCCACAGCUAGGUGAGCAACCAGCUUUUAUUUGAAAGGGAGCAAAGGUUCCAGAAUGUGGGGGUCUGAGGAAAAGGCUUCCUUGGGCCAAACUUCUGCGGAGGCCCUCAACCCUUCCUGCUGCAGCUCCUGUUGGCCGACUUCCUUGAUGCAAAAGGAGCACCUCCAUUCCUGUCCCUCUGCCGCUCAGCACAGCCAAACAGAACCAGGGACCCCUCCGUAUAUUUUGCUUCUCAAACACACUCACAGGCCCCCAGACAGACGGGCAAAUGCACCUGGAUCCCCCUUGCUUCCCCCCAGCAGUGUCCUGUGCAGGAAAGCCAAGCCCUCUCCCCGCUGCAUGCAUCCAAGUGGAACAUCUCUGUUCUUUUUAAUAACUUCAGAAUAAAGUCUUGUUUCAGUGCA